AUGGGUCCAAAAUCAAAAUCGAAACCGACCACCACCACAUCGGAACCGAAACCACUGAAACCAUCGAAAUCAAAGAAAUCAAAAUCGAACACCAGCCUAUCAGAACCGAACUCAUCGAAAUCGAACACCAGCGUAUCAGAACCGAAAUCAAAGAAAUCGAAAUCGAACACCAGCGUAUCAGAACAGAAAUCAAAGAAAUCGAAAUCGAACACCAGCGUAUCAGAACCGAAAUCAAAGAAAUCGAAACCGAACAACAGCGAAUCGGAACUGAAACGAUCGAAAUCAUCGAAAUCGAAAUCGAAACCGACCACCACCACAUCGGAACCGAAACCGAACUCCAAACAGUUGGCCGCGGCCGUGGUCAUCCAGGCCUGGUGGCGGGGCACCCUGGUCCGCCGCACCCUGCUACACGCCGCCCUCCAAGCGUGGAUCAUUCAGAGCUGGUGGAGGCAAAAGUUGGUGCAGCUGAGGGAGCUGAGGCGGCGGAUGACUCUGGAGCUCUUUGCCCGGCAAGAAUGGGCGGUUGUGAGGGUGCAGUCUUGGGUGCGUAUGUGGUGCAUCCGCCAGCGGUAUUGCCGGUUGCUCAACGCUGUGCGGAUCAUCCAGGCCUAUUGGCGCUGGCGUAACUGUCAUACCCGUGGCUUUAUUCAGGGUGACUAUGAACUCAAAGAAGACCGACUGGAUAUUCAACUUGAAAUCUCUCUGGGCUCACAGGCUUGUAGAGUACAACAGUGCAUACCCCUUCCAAUAAAAGAAUGACCAGGUCUGCUA